AUGAGAUUUUCCCGGCUAUCUCCUCUGGCUAUACUGGCUACCGCCACCUGCCUCAUGGUCCUACUGCAGUUCUGCAGAGCUACAAAUGCCGACUAUCCUGGCGUCAUUGAGUUGGUCGGUUAUAGUAAUCGGCGCGCACGCACGCAUUACAUGCCACCUGCCGGCGACUUUCCCACAAUCGCUCCACCACCCGCCAAAAUUCAGGCCGAUAUUGAAACGGUUAAAGCGAACAUCGAAAAAUACAAUAAACUACUCACACUGGAUACGAAAAAUUUGCCGGAAUCGCAAAAGGAUAUGCUGGAGCGCAUAGUCGAGCGGGUGGCACGCCUCAAAGAGUCACUGGACAUAGACGACACCGAGCGCCUCACAGCAUCAACCAAACCCAUUGCGAACGAUGCACCCGCAACCACCGCUUUUAAUGCUGGCAGCAGCGAAGAAACGGCAGCUAAAAGUACAGACAUAACCACGGAAGCCUCAACUAAUACCGAAGCCGAGACGGACCCCACGCUAGUUUUGGACGAAACUACACUCUUGCAACUGCAGACCUCUAUGGACGAAUUGGCUGCUGCACAGGCGGCAGUAACGGCACAAACUCCCUUUGCACGCGAUUUACCCGCCACAACGGAGUACAAUUUCAAUGCAGCUGAUGGCGCCGACAACGAUGCUGAACAAACGGAGAGUGUCACAGAAAAUGGCGAAAAUGAGGACACAACUGAGAGUUUGCUAGCAGGUGGCACAUCGGGUGUAGAUUAUCCCACCACUACUGGCGAUCCGCUCACUGAUGCCACCGAUGCCGAUGAUCAGUUUGUUGCAGCACGUUCUAACAAUAAUAUUGCUGCUGCCUCAAUAAGAGCCGAGCCAGAGGAAUCGAACGGUGGCAUUACCACAAUUGGCAGUCAGCGCACACUCACCACUAGUGGUAAAUUGACGAAAACGCGCGCCACAAAGCGGCCUGGCUCCGCUGGUAUUACUAAAACGGGCAAUACGAAACGUGGUCAAAAACCUGGCACUACUGCUGGCAUACACCGACACACAGGCAGCAAUAAGCAGAAGUUGGCCACUACUACCACACAACCACUGCAAGCCUACCAACGGCCACAACAGCAGCACCAACAGUCGAAACAGCCACAAUUGCAAUACCAGAAACUACAGGCUCCACAGUUGCCGUUGUCAGCCUCUUCGCCCUUGUAUCAGGCGCAUAAAGUGUCUGUGGCAUCGCCUGCAACGCUUGCCACAGAUAAGACCUCUGCUGCAGCUACUGCUGCUGCUGCUUCUACAGUGUCCAUUUCAUCAGCGUCCACCUACUCCUCCACACCGAUCACCACUACCUUGGUCAACAACUAUGGCAAUGCGAACAAUGACAUGGACUACGAGCCGCAAGUCAAUACGUCGGCGUUAAUUGAUAGCCUGAAUAAUGCACGCGAAGAGUUCUACCUGCAGAAGCAAGGCGUCAGCAAUAAGGAUAAGAAACCAUCGGCCACUGCAAAACCCACAAAGUAUCACUACUAUCCACACAAUCAACAUAUUUACUUGCUGCCAGAGUGUGCGAUACAGCAGGUCUGCAAUGCGGUUUAUGUGCGUCUAAAUUACACACAGCCAUUGUGCGCCUGUCCAUCAAGAUAUCGUGAUCCCUGCUCGGCCAGUUUGAACGAGGACGAUCAGCAUACAACGAAAUUGGUGGGCGAUAGUAAAAAGAAGCAGGCAAUUACUUUGGCGAAGACAUGCGAAGCCACGACAGAGAUGCGAGAAUGCAACUCACCCAAAGAUUGGUCAUUAUUGGCGCUACAGAAUAUACGCACUGGCAAGUCACAUUAUUUAAUCAUCUGCAGGUGUCCGGAUCAUUUCAAAAUGGAGGGUCCAAUGGCCCAUGAUCAGCCCAAAUACGCCAGUGUACCCGGCAUACGAGUGUUUGGCAUGAUGUGCGUCAAGCCUGGCUACUCAGUGCGCAAGCCAUCCUCACAACCACCCAAACGCUAUCAGCUACAGAAACCAUUGUACCGGCCAGGUACGCAAAGCAGUAGCGCCUACAUAAAUGUGCCACAAUAUGGUGUUAAAGACACGUACGGCCGUCCAAGCUCAUCAUCGUCAUCAUUUUCUGCCUCAUCGUCGGCGGCCAACAACAACAAUUACCACCCGGAAAAUAGCUUCGCAAACCAACAUCAAGCUGGCGGCUAUCAGUAUUUGAAUCGACCAGACACUAACAACAAUAUUAACCCACAUCAAUCGCUCAGUGUUAAUAACUAUCGACCGGAUACACUCGCUUCGAUUAAUAAUUUCCCAACGGGUAUCUAUGGACGCAACAAUGAACGCAAAGGUGAAACACCAAUUGAGGCAGCAAAAGAUGAGGAUAAAUCAUUGAUCACAAGCACACAACAGUCAGCUGAAACUGCGGCUACUGCUGGCAUUGAAGAGACAACGGCGAACGCGAACUUAAGUAGCGACGGAGAUUUGGUGUCUGCUGCUUCCCAGCAACAAAGCGAAGAAGAGGCACAAUUGCGUCAAAAACGCUCAGUAGUCGUUGGAGCGGCAAACGAUUGGGAACACAAUACGCCCGAAUUCCCGUGGGAUCGUGUAAUGGAGUUUCAGCAGACGAUCGUCUGGGAUUAAGAGGAAGGCGGCAGUGGCGUAUGAGUAAUUUUCUUCUUCUUCUUCCUUUUUUAAGUGUGAAAGUGAUCGUCGUAUCGGUAAAAGCCCGAAUAGAGUUAAUAUUACAAAACAGUGAAAACGAAAGUAAAAUUAAGCGUAUAAAGUUGUAACAGGCGUGGAAGUUUUGUGAAACAAAACU